AAGCUCCGGCCUUUUUUUUUUCCAAAAGCAGAAUGUGUCAGUUCGACUCAGCUCGCCAAAUAUCGCUGGUUUAAGACGCGCGCCGCCGCUCAGGAGAGACGCCGGAGCGCAAAAGGCAAAAAAAAAAAAAAAAAAAAAAAAAGUUGCGCUUUCUCUCCAAAUAACUUCUGAGACGAAACGCACCGCUUUGCAGGCCCCGCCAACUUCCAGCGUGGGGAAUAUUUCUCCAAGUUUGAAGUUUUUUUCUGCACACCUUCAGAUCGUUGGAGACCUCCGAUUGUUGUCCAGCAGACUCCCGUGUGAGUAAGCCGUGAGAUGACCCUCUCUGGAGGCAGCGAUCGAGCCAGCGACAUGUCCGGCCAAACUGUGCUCACAGCCGAGGACGUGGAUAUCGACGUGGUGGGCGAGGGAGACGAUGAGGGCAUGGAGAGGGUGGACAGCGACUGCGACAGCCCGGGGGGAGGCAGCAUCCUGCACGGCUUUCGAGGAGAGCCGGCCGACGAUGACUUGGAGGACGAGAUCGAGGUGGAGAAGGAGGAGAUGAGGUCCGGAGGAGGGAGCCCGUGCUGCGAGAGCUCCGGGGAAGGAGAGCCGGGCUCAGGGAAAGGAGAGGGUCACGACCAGAGCUCAGCCUCGGGAGGAUCGAUCCAGAAGCCCAAGAGCAGCUUGGUGAAACCGCCUUACUCCUACAUCGCCCUCAUCACCAUGGCGAUCCUCCAGAGCCCGCAGAAGAAGCUCACCCUCAGCGGGAUCUGCGAGUUCAUCAGCAACCGCUUCCCGUACUACCGGGAGAAGUUCCCGGCGUGGCAGAACUCCAUCCGGCACAACUUGUCGCUGAACGACUGCUUCGUGAAAAUCCCCCGGGAGCCCGGAAACCCCGGAAAGGGCAACUACUGGACCCUGGACCCGGCUUCAGAGGACAUGUUCGACAACGGCAGCUUCCUCAGGAGGAGGAAAAGGUUCAAGAGAGUUCAGCCGGACGUGCUCAGGGACCAGACCGCACUCAUGAUGCAGAGUUUCGGGGCGUACAGCCUCGGAGGCCCCUACGGGAGGCACUACGGCAUCCACCCGGCUGCGUAUUCCCACCCGGCGGCUUUGCAGUACCCGUACAUCCCACCUGUGGGGCCCAUGCUCCCGCCGGGCGUCCCCCUGCUGCCCUCGGCGGAGCUCAACAGAAAGGCGUUCAACUCUCAACUGAGCCCGAGCCUCCAGCUGCAGCUCAACAGCCUGAGCACGGCGUCUAUGAUCAAAUCCGAGCCGUCGAACAGGCCGUCCUUCAGCAUAGAGAACAUCAUCGGGGUGUCCAGCUCGUCGUCCGUGACGCCGGGCGCCGCCCAGGCUUUCCUCCGGCCUCCGGUCACCGUUCAGUCGGCCCUGCUGAGCGCGCAGUCCCUCUCUCUGACCCGGACCUCUGCCGCGAUCGCUCCCAUCCUCAGCGUCCCUUCAAAUAUUAUUUCUGGACACGUUUUACCUUCAGCGACGGCGGCAGCGGUCUCCAAAUGGCCGUCACAGUGACU